AUGGCGGUCGAUCAAGAGCACGAUGUGCCUUCCACCCACAGCACUAUAAUCAAUACCCCGCCGUCCGAUGUCUCCAUAAGCGAUCAUAUUCACGACAUUGAAAAGGGCAAAGUAGAGGAUAAGAAUGAGGUGGCACAGGACGUGAGCGCAAAAGGCAUCCCAGAGAAAUCCGAUGCGCCUCCUGCAGGACCUCCUGGUCCAGGUCCACCUCCCGAUGGAGGACUACAAGCUUGGAUGACAGUGUUGGGAGGGUUCUGUGGCCUAUUCGUUAGUUUUGGAUGGAUCAACUGCAUCGGUGUUUUCCAAACAUACUAUGAAAGCAACCAGCUUAGCGGCAUGUCACCCAGCACAGUAGCCUGGAUCACCUCCCUGGAGACAUUCGUAAUGUUCUUUGCUGGCCCGAUUUUCGGUCUACUCUUCGAUAACUUUGGUCCAAGAUGGAUCUUGCUCGGCGGCACCUUUCUCCACGUCUUCGGCCUCAUGAUGACCUCGCUUUCAACCGAAUACUACCAGUUUAUCCUCGCACAGGGUAUCUGCAGCCCACUAGGCGCAAGUGCUAUUUUCAACGCUUGCGUGAACUCCGUCAGCACAUGGUUCGGGAAACGGCGCGCAUUUGCGCUGGGAGUCAUGGCUUCAGGAUCGAGUUUGGGCGGAGUGAUCUUCCCUAUUAUGGUGACGCAUCUGAUUCCCGAGGUCGAUUUCCCCUGGGCCAUGAGAAUCUGUGCAUUCCUCAUUCUGUUCAUGUUGGGUAUUGCCAACUUGACGUUGAAAUCAAGAUUGCCGCAUCACAGAAAACCGGUCAAUCUUAUGGUCUUUGUGCACCCGCUCAAGGAUAUCAAAUUUGUCAUGACCGUUGCUGGUAGCUUCUGUUUCUUCUGGGGCAUGUUCUUGCCGUUCACUUUUGUCAUCACUCAAGCUGAGCGGUAUGGAAUGUCAUCCAACAUGUCGCAGUACCUUAUUCCGAUCUUGAAUGCGUUCAGUAUCUUCGGUCGUACCGUUCCAGGAUAUCUGGCAGAUCGCCUGGGCCGAUUCAACGUGAUGAUCGUCUUCAGUUACCUAUCUGGUAUUCUGGUCUUGGCCUUAUGGCUUCCGUCUCGCGGGAAUGCACCUGCAAUUGUUUUCAGCGCCCUGUAUGGCUUCAGCUCCGGUGCAUUUGUGUCACUUGCCCCAGCACUCAUUGCCCAGAUCUCGGAUUUGCGAGAGGUCGGAGUACGCAACGGUACUUGCUUCUCGAUCAUUUCGUUCGCGGCUCUUACCGGUACACCUAUCGGCGGUGCAUUGGUUCCGGAUGUACUGACCGGCUCCUACACGAAGCUGCAAAUAUUCGCUGGUGUAGUCAUGUUAGCUGGCGCAACGUUGUUUGUGGUUGCCAGGAUCAUCGUUGGCGGGACCAAGCUGAAUAAGGUGUAA